AUGUUCCUUGAGUCUACCGACUUGGUCCAGCGAAUGAAAAACUUGAGUGUUGAAGAAGCCGAGAAGAAACUUCUUGAUGUUCUUGUCAAAAAUGAAGAACCGAGCAUUCCAUUCUCCUCUGCCGAAGAUGUGGAAUCCUUCCGUGAAGAUAUAUCCAAGAAGUACCGGAAUACUGGAAGUCAAUCAAGGCGAUUUAUUCAAGAAAUGAAAAGACUGCUCGAAGAUGUAAUCGAUGACAACACGAUAGACGAUGUGAUCCAAGAAUUCCGCACCACAGUCGUCAACAAAAAUGCCCAAAAAUUUGCAGAAAUGGAAACUGCCGAUGAGGAAGAAAAGCGUCUCUAUUUGAAAGACAACGCAUCGAACUGUCUCGACCUCCACCUUCCGAUUUUCACCGAAACAAUCCAUUUCAACCACCCAUUCAAAAAGGAUUUGUCUCGAAAUGUGUCUGGACUCUUUAUGCUAAACAAAACUGGAUACCCGAAACGUUCACAGUACUUCAUGAACAGGGAAGAUGCGUUCCAAGUCGAAGCGUCGCUGUACCGACAACACUUGAAUACCGACAGUCUUCUAUGGUUUGUAGUUAAUUUACUUUAUGAGGAAGAAGGGCGUCUCUACUUGAAAGACAACGCAUCGAACACUCUUCAGAGUCGACCAAGUUCCGUUCAGCUUGAUGAACAACUUCGCAACCGGAAACGCUGGAAGGAUCAUUUGAAAGAAUGCAACAUACGGAAUGCAACCAACUGGAAGAUGCUGCCGCUGAGCAUCGCAACGUCUGAAUUGUAG